CCUCGGCCUAGUUGCCCUAGCAACUGAAGGCCGAGCUGGAAAAAUGGCGGCGGAGGCCUGCAUGGCUGGAGGAGACUCAGCGGCGGCAACAGCAGCAGCAGAACCGAACCCGGCCUGGGCCGAAUCCGGGCUCUGCUUGCAACGCUACCUGGCGCGACUCAAGGCUCUGCGGCUCGUCCCCGAUCCCAGCCAGGCCCCGGGAGGGGAGAACGUCGGCAGCCGCCGCCCCGAGCUCCACCUGCUCUUCGACGAGCUCAUGUCCGAGACCUGCGGCCCGUGGGGAGCGGCGCCCUGGGGGCCGAAGCCGGAGGACAUUUGUGAAUUAAUUGUCCAAGCUUGUAAACUAGUCCAGCUUAAUCAAGAACAUCUUGUCAAUAAAGUGGCCCAAUUAAUUCACCAGCUGCUCAACAGAUUCCAGGUUGCACUGGAUGAAGAGAGCCUGAAUUAUCUUCUGCCUUAUUUCAUCUCUGCUCUGAGAAAAUGCAGCACUUGGACACAUGUUGAAAUUCUGCAAGCCUUGGCAGCCUCUGUCUACAACAAUGGGCACAAGUGCCAAAAGUAUCUCCCAGAUUUGCUGGGGGAAAAUGGACUUCUGAUACAGUUCAGCAGCCCGGCUGAAACCGACCUUGAGAAGAAAAGGGCUGCGAUACACAGCAUGGCAAACCUGUGUCUCAGCCUCCCUGGACAGCCCUACCUGGAGGAAUCUUACAGAGAGAUCUGCUUUCAGGCUUUCCUGAGCAUCUUGCAGUCUUCCAAAGGAACUGAAGUAGAUGACAUCACCUUUUGCAUGCUGUUACAAAAUGCUUUGAAAGGAGUGCAGUCGCUCUUAAACGGAGGAAAGAUGAGGCUGACCCAGACUGAACACCUCGGUUCCCUCCUUGCUGUGUUAAAGAAAUGCAUGUUUCAUGGACUCCCUGGAAUCAACAUAGAAAUGCCCACCAUCUUAUAUCCAGCACUCCUUCCUCAAUACGACAGCCGGUCACCCAUCGAGCAAGAGAAGUUGGAACAGAACAGUGUUAAACUGAAAGGGAACAGGAGGAAGAAACCUAAAGGGAAACCCAAGAAAGGGAAGCUGGAAGAAGAAGGAGUAAAAGAGCAGCCAGGGGGUGCCGAAGGAAGCCGAGUGGAGAAACCCUCAUUAAAGGAUGAGUUGUCGCAAGAUCAGGGCUCUAAGAUGACAAAUUGGGCAUUCAGUGAUAAAUAUCCAUCGCUUGCGAAAGAGCGUUUAUCUUCCCACGCUUUUAGCUGGAAGAGAAUCAGCAGCAGUGACUCAGAAUUUUCUGAUGCGGAAGGUGGAAUGCAGAGCAAAACAAGGUCUUUCCAAGCUAAAGUUCGCCAAGGGGCUUUAACCUGCUUCCUUUCCGCUGUGAAAUCCAUAGAGAAGAAAGUGCUCUAUGGUUACUGGUCAGCUUUUAUUUCUGAUGAACCUGGAAUAGGAAGCCCACAGACAGUGUCUUUGAUGACAAUUGCUUUAAAAGAUCCAUCCCCAAAGACACGGGCCUGUGCUUUUCAAGUUAUGUCAGCCAUUUUGGAAGGUUCCAAGCAAUUCCUAUCCAUUGCCGAAGAUGCCAUUGAUCACAAGAGAGCAUUCACUCCCUUCUCGGUGAGCAUUGCCUCCAGCAUCCGAGAACUUCACCGGUGCAUGCUGUUGGCUUUGGUGGCCGAAUCUUCAUCCCAAACCCUCACCCAGAUAAUCAAGUGCCUUGCCAAUCUGGUCUCAAAUGUACCGUAUAACCGUUUGAAGCCUGGCCUGCUAUCAAGAGUAUGGAACCAGAUAAAGCCAUACAUUAAACAUAAAGAUGUUAAUGUUCGAGUGUCAAGCCUGACUCUACUGGGUUCCAUCGUGUCAGCUCAAGCCCCUUUGCCUGAGGUGUCUCUCCUUUUGCAGCAGCCGGUCUCUUUGGGGAUGAGCAAUGGCACCCCCGCCCUGCUGCUUCGUUCCGGUGCUCCUGAAUGGCGCAGAGAACCUCUUCUGGUCUCAGGGGAACCAUCGCUUGCCCUGGAGAAGACAACAACCGAGCCCUGUUGGCUCCUGCGUCUCUGCAUCUCUCUUGCUGUGUUGCCCCGAGAAGAUUGCUAUUCGGAUAGCGACACCACCUGUGUGUCAACCGUUAGCACCUAUGAACCCUCACCAGUUCGCCUGGAGGCACUGCAGGUUUUGGCACUGCUUGUGAAGGGCUAUUUUGUCCUUGCUCAAAGCUGUUUACUAGAACUUGGCGAAGUGGCUUGUAAAUGCAUGGAGGAAGCAGAUCCAUCACUUCAGCUCCAUGGAGCAAAACUCCUGGAUGAACUUGGAGUGGGUAUAAUACAACAGUGCAAGCCAGACCUAGUUACAGAUCAGCGAGUACCCAUUGACUUGGUCGUGACAUUCUGGACAAGGAUGCUGAAUGGACCUUUACCGGCUGCCCUCCAAAACGCCGAGCACCCAACUCUCCAGACCAGCACGUGUGAUGCCCUCUCCUCUAUUUUGCCCGAAGCUUUUAGCCGUCUCCCUGACAACAAACAGAUCCUUUGCAUCACGAUCCUUCUUGGACUCAGCCACAGUGAGAAUCCUCUGGUGAAAGCCGCAGCUUCACGGGCGCUUGGGGUGUACAUUGUCUUCCCGUGCCUUCAGCAGGAUGUGAUGUUUGUCACUGACACGGCCAACACAGUUCUGAAUUCUCUCGGUGAUCCUUCUCCAAAUGUCCGUGCCAAAGCAGCUUGGUCUUUGGGAAAUCUGACAGACACUCUAAUCAUCAACAAGGAGAUAAUGGGACAAAGUUUCCAGGAUGAAUUCUCAGACUUGUUACUCCUGAAAAUGUUACGAUCAGCAACCGAGGCAUCGAAAGACAAAGAUAAGGUCAAGAGCAAUGCUGUCCGAGCCCUGGGAAACCUCCUUCAUUUUCUCCAGCCGUCCCACAUCGCCAGCCCCAAAUUCAGCCAACCCAUUGAGGAAUCCAUCCAGGCUCUGACGUCGACGGUGCAGAGUGAUGCCACGAUGAAAGUGCGUUGGAAUGCCUGCUACGCCCUCGGAAAUGUCUUUAAAAACCCUGCCUUGCCGUUGGGAGAAGCCCCUUGGACUGGCAAAGCCUAUGAUGCCCUUACGUCAGCGGUCAAAUCCUGCAAGAAUUUUAAAGUCCGCAUCAAGUCAGCCACAGCUCUCUCUGUGCCAUCUGAGAGGAGGCAUUAUGGGUCUCCCAAGCAGUUUUCCCAGAUUUGGGAUGCGCUGGUGACCGCUUUGCAGCGGAGUGAGAACGCUGAAGACUUCUUGGAGUUCAAAUACAGCGCUAGCCUCCGCGUGCAGCUGUGCCACGCUCUGCUCCAUCUGCUGAGCCUGGCCGAGAAGACUGACCUACCAGAUAUCAGGAAGUCCGUGCUUGAGCAGGGAGAAAUCAUUCGGCUGUAUAUGUUGCAGUAUAUGAAAUCAGGAGGUGAAGGGGAAGAAGCUGGAAUAGGAGAGAGCAUUCCUGAAAGGGACAAAACCCUCGAAAGGGCCAUUGAGCACGUGAGAAGGCUGGAGGAAGCAUCAGAAGGCUACCCAGUGAAAAGGGGGGUGUUGGCUUACUUAGAAGACCUCUUGAAAACCCACACCUGUUCCACAGAAUUCACCAAAGCUUAAGCUGGUAUGAUUAAGAAAAAAGCCAGGCCAGGCCUGUGCUUAUUAUGAAUACCCCCCCAGGUCAUACCACUCAGCCAUUGUCCUGCGGGAGAAUUUUAAAAAUUCCUUUUUGGUGGUUCCUUUCUCGACUUCACCGAGUCUUUUUUAAACAUUUGCCUUACCAACUGCGUCAUUUCCAAGUACUUCACACAAAUAACGUGAGCAGCAAAUGGCAGAAAUCGGGAAAGGAUUUGCUACGUUAUGAAUACAAAAUGA